AUGGGCUGGUGGAGCAACGUUGUUUCGGGCGUCUUUAAUGCCAUUGUCUUCACCUAUGACAUUCUCUUCCAGACAUGGGGAAUGCGGCACCUGCCCCGUCAUAUCGACGAUGUGGGCGGCCCCGUGGAGGGUUUGACCGCCAUCGUUACUGGGCCCACCAGUGGAAUUGGCGAGGAGACGGCCGCAGCACUGGCUCGACGAGGCGCUAAAGUCGUACUUGCCUGCCGAAGCAAGCAACGGGGGGAGGACCUGUGCAAGGCCCUUAAAGCGGCGGCGAAGCUGGCGGGAAGGCCGCAGCCGGAUGUCGAGGUUCGAAUCCUGGAUCUAGCAUCGUUGGAAUCUGUCCGGAAGUUCGCGGCGGACUGGGAGGCGGAGAAGCGGCCGCUGCACAUCCUCAUCAACAACGCGGGCGUGUUUACCAUCGGAGCUCCCCGCUCCGAAACCAAGGACGGUUUCGAGCUCCACAUGGGCUCCAACCACCUGGGGCACUUCCUCCUCACGUUGUUGCUGCUGCCGUCGCUGAGGCGCGGAGUAGCGGAGUUGAAGGCGGCAGCGGCUGCUGCUGCUGCCGCCACCGCCGCUGACGGCGGCGCCGCUACCGCGGCGGCGACGGCGGCGGCGGCAGCGUCCCGCUGCCGUAUCGUUUGCGUGUCGAGUUCCUACCACGCCCUCGCCCGCGAGGGCAUUUCGGUGGCCGACCCUCACCUCACCCGGCGGGGUGCUUACAACUCGGAUUUGGGUUAUGCGCAGAGCAAACUUGCCAAUCCCUGGCUGGCGCCCGGGGUCUUUGCCGUGCACCCGGGUUUGGUGUGUACGGCAGUCGCACGUGAUCUGCCCUGGUGGAUGCGAGUUACCUACUACGCGGUCAUGGGCCGGUUGCUGCUCAACUGCAUGCAAGGUGCCCGGGCCAGCAUCUACUGCGCCGCCUCCCCGGCAGCCAUCGCAGAGGCCACCCCCACGUGCGGCUACCUCAACUCUAACUGUCGGGCAGUCAACCCAGCCCCAGCCGCGACGGAUGACGCGGCUGCCUUGUGGCUGUGGCGCUGGUCGGCUCAGCAGGUCGGCCUGGAUCCGUCCCUGGACUUGCCGGAGCCGUGA